AUGCCACGUUCUGCCUGGAAGGGUCCCUUUUUCGUCGCUUUCCCUGGUCUUCGAGAAGCCAUUAAGAAUGGCACUCCCAUUGCCACUCAAGCUCGAAGCUGCACCAUUCUCCCUUCCUUUGUCGGUCUCAAAUUCCUUGUUCACAACGGCAAAGACUACAUGCCAGUUCACAUUACCGAAGACAUGAUCGGCCACAAGCUUGGCGAAUUUUCCUUUACCCGCAAACGGUUCACCUAUCGUUUCACCAAAAACAAAUAA